UUUUGAUCGACUUAUUUGGAGUUACUUCGGUAUAAAUACAGAGGUAAUCGAUGUAUGUUAAUCAGAAUCACCAUGGGUAAGCUAACAGUUGUACUCAUCGCUAUUUUUGCUAGCACACUCGCAAAUAUUAUUCCUCAAGAACAUUUAGAGGAUGAUGACUCUUACAUGCACUCUUAUGAACCAAUAAGCAGAGGACCUUACGCUAUCAUCCCAGAAGAAACCAAUGCUAAAUAUUGGACUGAUCUAGCAAAAGAAACGAUUAAGAAGAAACUUAAUACACCAAUAAAUACGAAUGUCGCAAAAAAUAUUAUUAUGUUCCUCGGUGAUGGGAUGUCAAUCCCCACGUUAAAAGCGGCACGAGUCUAUAAUGGACAAAUUGGAGGAUUCGAUGGAGAAGGUGUUCCAUUAUCAUUCGAGGAAUUCCCAUAUUCAGGGUUAUCUAAAACAUAUUGUUUAAAUACUCAAGUACCUGACUCGGCAUGUACAGCAACCGCAUAUUUAUGCGGCGUAAAAGCAAUCCAUGGAACAAUCGGUGUUGAUGGGAGAGUAACAAAAAGUGAUUGUGACGCAAGUUUAGACGAAUCCACUCAUGUUUAUUCCAUAGCAAAAUGGUCCCAAGAACAAGGGAAGAGAACUGGGAUUGUUACCACAACAAGAGUAACCCACGCUUCUCCAGCUGGUGCUUAUGCGCACACAGCUAAUAGAGAUUGGGAAGCUUAUGGUGAUGGACCGGCUGCUUGUCCAGAUAUAGCAGAUCAACUUAUUCAUGGCGAAACUGGAAAAAAUUUCGACGUUAUCCUCGGAGGUGGCCGAAGGGCUUUCAUACCAAAUACUUUAACCGAUGAAGAAGGUUCUAAAGGGAAAAGACAAGAUGGAAGAAACCUUAUUGAAGAAUGGAAAGAUAUUAAUGGAGACAACGCUCAUUACGUUUGGAACAGAGACGAUCUUUUGAAUCUUCCUUCAAACACAUCAAAAAUUUUGGGACUCUUCGAAAGCAGUCAUUGCGUUUAUAACUUGGAAACCACGGAUAAAGAACCUUCCUUAGAAGAAAUGACAGUUUCUGCUAUUGAGUUGCUUUCAAAGAAAGGCGAUGGUUACUUCUUGUUUGUUGAAGGCGGCAGAAUCGAUCACGCUCACCAUGACACUCGUGCUCAUAAAGCUUUAGAUGAAACAGUCCAAUUUUCAAAAGCCAUUCAAAGAGCUAGAGAUAUCACCAGCGAAGAAGACACCCUUAUCGUCGUUACAUCCGAUCAUGCCCACGUUAUGAACGUCAAUGGUUACGCUAAUAGAGGAAAUAACAUCUUUGGUGUCGGUGGAAAAGGAUCUGAUGGUAUUCCUUAUUUAACUCUUUCUUACGGAAACGGACCUGGACAUCGCAAUGAUGUCAACGGAGCCAGAUACGAUGUAUCUAAUGAUAACACAAAUGAUAAAAAUUAUGAAUUCCCCGCUUUGGCUCCAUUAGGUUCUGAAACUCAUGGUGGUGAUGAUGUUGGCGUUUUUGCCAGUGGACCAUGGGCCCAUCUCUUUUCGGGCGUUAUCCAACAAAACGUUAUUCCUCAUACCAUGGCUUUUGCUGCUUGUGUAGGCGAUGGACCCACGGCGUGCGAUUAAUUGAUUUUAUCUUAAAAUAAAUGCUACAAAAU